AUGCCGAUCGAUAUCAACCGCCUCCGCCCUGAGCGUGGCGGCGACCCGGACGCCGUGCGUGCCGAACAGAAGAAGCGCUCGCUGGACGUUGACAUCGUGAACAAAGUGAUCGAGCUGGAUGAGCAGUGGCGUAAGAAGCAGGGCGAAGUGGAGACCAUCAGCAUGAAGAUGAACGCUUUGCAGCAGGAGAUCAAGAAGCUCAGUAAAGCCAAGGAGGACUUCAAGGCGCUCAGCGAUGAGCGUAAGGAGCUGGCUGCUUCUCUUCCCGAGAAGAAGAAGGAGGCUGACGCUCUCAAGGAGCUCGUGGACAAGGAGCUACCCAAGAUAGGUAACACCGUGGACCCCACGGUUCCUAUCUCGAACAACGAGGACGACAACGUGGUUGUCAAGACGUGGGGUUCUCCCAUUCAGAAGGACGGACUGCACUUCCACCAUGAGGUGCUGCACCGUAUCGACGGCUACGAGCCUGAGCGUGGCGUGCAGGUCGCUGGCCACCGCGCCUACUUCCUCACUGGCUACGGUUUCCUGCUUGAGCAGGCGCUUAUGGCUUACGCUACGGCCUUUCUGAUGAAGGCCCAGUACAAGAUGCUGAAGCCUCCUUUCUUCAUGAACAAGGAAGGCAUGGCCGCUGUCGCACAGCUUGACGACUUCGACGAGCAGCUGUACAAGGUCAUCGGAGAGGACGAAAAGUACCUCAUUGCCACGUCCGAGCAGCCUAUUUGCGGCUACCACAAGGGCGAGUGGAUCACGGAGAGCUCGCUGCCUUUGCGUUACGGUGGCUUCUCCACCUGCUUCCGUAAGGAGGCUGGCUCGCACGGCAAGGACACGUGGGGUAUCUUCCGUGUGCACCAGUUCGAUAAGAUGGAGCAGUUCUGCAUCACGGACCCGGAGAGCUCGGCUGCGAUGCACGAGGAGAUGCUGCGUCACGCUGAGGAGUUCUAUCAGUCGCUGAACUUGCCGUACCGUGUGGUGAACAUUGUGUCGGGUGAGCUGAACAACGCCGCUGUCAAGAAGUACGACCUGGAGGCGUGGUUCCCUGCCUACAAGGAGUACCGCGAGCUCGUGUCGGCCUCCAACUGCACAGACUUCCAGUCGCGUGCGAUGGAGAUCCGUUGUGGCGUCAAGAAGGAGAACCAGCGCGAGAAGAAGUACGUGCACAUGCUCAACUCGACGCUCUGCGCGUCUACGCGUACGGUCUGCUGUAUUCUUGAGAACUUCCAGGACGAGAACGGCGUUAAGGUCCCGGAGGUGCUAGUGCCCUUCAUGGGUGGUGCCACGUACCUGCCUUUCACUCGCGAAGUCAAGGUAAACUUGCAGGCGACUAAGAUGCAGAAGGCUGCCAAGAAGAAAGGAAGCAAGCAGUAA